AUGCGAGACCUGGUGUCAGCUCUUUCUAGACUAAAGGGUUGCGUGGCCGCCUCGAUGCCUUGGAAGCAGGUGUCUUAUCCGAUGGUUAGCGACUACAACCCUACCGAUCCAUCCCCCGCUUCCGUCAGGGCGAGAUGGAAGAGAGAUGAGUUGGCGAGGGCGCUGCUCUCCCGAGCUGCGGGUAGCCGUAUCUUCGUCUGGGCCCAUGUGCACGUCAUUGCGAGCGAGGCCAGUGAAGGGAGUGUGCGAGGUGGAAAGGACCAAUUGCGGGGUAUGCGCCUCUUUGGUUACGCAGCAGCAACAUAUCAAGGUACUCGCAGUCCGUCUGACGUCCCGUCUGCCUCUCCUGCUCAAGACAACGGCUUUGCUCGUCUUCGGUGCUUCUAG